AUAACAUAAAAAACAGAUAUGGUAUAACUAAUUGAGUAUUAGAAGCUGAAAUUGAGGUUAACUUAUUGCUUGUUUUCAAUUUUCAUAACUUGGACUUUUACUUAAACAUUUUCACAUAUAAUCAUCGAACAAAGAACAUGGGUUUAUAAUGGGUUCAGUAUAAUAUCCCAUUCCUACACAAGUUUGUAUUGCAGAAGAUGAGACUUUUCUGAAAUCUAGACAUGUCUUUCCUCAAACAAAACAAAGGCUGUGUCCUUAAUUGUGAAGAAUUCAUAGCAACAGAUAAAGGAUUCGUGGAGGUUGACUUUUAUGAGUUUCCAACUGAUCCUGAACUCAGAAAUAUAUGGAUAGAGAGAGUGAGGAAGCAGAAGAAAUCGAAGACAUGGUAUCCUACUAAGAAGUCGAAGCUAUGCGGAAUGCACUUCAAUAACAGUGGUAAAAAUAUUCACAAUGAAGUAUUACCGCGGUAUUUUGGUGAAAAAAUAUACACCCCUGCAAUAGUCAUUGAACCAGUCAUAAAUAAUACUGAUACACAAGAAACAGAGACUAUAAAAAUCAAAGAGGAGAUAGAUGUAGAUGAGGAACCAUGGAAUGAAGACGGAGAAAACUGUAUUGUGGAUUACAGUAAUAUAUAUAAUACUGUUCCGGUGAUUACUAGUGUUUCUUCUGGAGAAACAGCACACUCAAAUUUCGAAGAGACGACGAUCAAAGAAGAAAGAUUAGAUUUUGAAUCAGAAGAUCAACAAUUCUCUGACAGUAUGUUCGAAAAUAGAGUACAACAGGUCACAGAAAAAACUGUUGCUGUGAAUGGAUACACCCAUCAAAAAGAUCCAUUCAGUCUUCAAAAAGAAGACAAGGGAAUGAAUGAUCCCUACUAUAACCCUUCCUGCCAGUGGAAAAACAACUUCAGUGCACCCCCUCACAUGAAUAAAAAAGAAAAUACCACACAAACCGGUAGUUGCAGUAGAGACCUGCAACAGCUUAAGAACCAAAUGAAAGAACUUGAAGAGAGUUUAUCCGUUGCCUAUCGUAGGAUAUCGGAAGGCCAAAUAUUGGUUAUGAAUUUAUCAAGUAAGGAAAGAGAGAGCGAAAGAGUGAAACAGCAGCUAGAAGAAGAAAACAGUAAAUUGAAAAGUGCUUUGGAGGCUGCUAAACAACAAGUAACCCGCAACGAACCUUGUGGCACGCCUUGUCUCAAUACGGGUGGAGAAAUAGCUAGACUUGAAAUGCAGCUUGCCAAUAUGCAUGAAAAAGUGAAUUCUCUUCAACAGCAGUGGUAUCAUAAGUUUGACAGCUUCAGCAGUGAUGACGAAGUCAAGUUUUAUACUGGUUUCAAGAACAAAGUGGAUUUCAAGAAGUUCUGUGAUAUGGUCAUAGAAAUGGAUCCAUCUUUAGAACUUCUUACUUGUGACACUAUCAAAAUUCGUAAGGAAAUAAAGAUAACUCUGAUUUGGCUGCGACUCGGGCUGCAAAUGCAGGAUCUUGCUUUCAGAUAUGACUUGCAAUGUGAUGAAGUUCGGCGGUGUGUAAUGCAUUGGCAAAACAUUCUCAGCGAUUCUUCAUUUAACAGAAAGAUCUGUCCGAGCGGUGUUAUCAUUGUGAAGUUUUUCGUAGUGGACUUGUGUAAUGAAUUUAAGUUGAAAUAUUUUUUAGGUGUGUCUCCGUACGGCUACGUAAUUUAUGUUUCUGAUUUGCACCCUCACUUGACGGACGAGAGGGAAAUCAUUCAAAAAUCAGAAAUACAAUUGCUUAUACAGGAGGGCUUUACCGUUAAGUCACUAGAUACUGACCGAUUCUCCGAUUUGGGAAUUUUCCAAUGGUCUGUUAGUCCUAACGAAGAAAAAGAGUUCAGUGCACACAGUUGGAAAUUAUUGAAGGAAGUUAAGAAAAACGGAAUUUUCAAAAAUAUCCUUUCCAAAGCGUCUUUUUACACAAACGAUGUGAGCAAAAUUUGGAAAAUUUGCUAUUAUUUGCAAAAUUAUGUAGAAUCUUGAUUCUGUAGGUUUCCACAAAAAAUUCCGGUAAAGAUAAUGGGAUUUAAUUUCAAGUAAGCAUUACAUGUUGUGACUGAAGUGUACUGAUUCUAUGUAAAAAUGAAAGAUUCUUCAAAGACCCAUACGGACGUCGAAGAAGAUUUUGAAACGUAUUGUUUUAUUUUUUUUAUUCAAGUAUUGUCUGCGUUUACACCAGUAGGAAUAUAUUAAUUAUAUCCAGAAAA